AUGUACAAUCCUUACCAACCUCCGGGCAUGUACGGCCAACCCGACUACGCGGCAUAUGGUGCGCCGCCGGGCAUGGCUCCUCCUCCAGGCAUGGCUGCUCCCGGCACCGCUCUUCCUCCCGGUAUGCAACAGGCCAAUGCCCAGCAGCCUGGUGGCCCUCGUGGCUUCCCAGCGAACUUCCAACCACCCCCGAACAUGCCGAACAUCAACUUUUCUGCGCCAGUGAUUCGACUGGGCACCUCGGGCCCGGCAAAACCUGCGGGACAGGACUCUGGUCGUGAGCGUGGGUCAGAGAGCGCUGGGCGGCGUCCAGGAUUGGGGUCAUCGAACAUGGACAACCACCACAGAUCGUAUGAUACCAUGGCGCAGCUCCAGCCGCCUACUCGCGAUGAGAUUGUGCGCACACUGUUUGUUGGCGGUAUCACAGAGGGAUGUGGCGGUGACGAUGGAAUUGAGCAAAUUCUACGGUCUGCGGGUGGUUUGCGCCGGUGGAUGCGCGCCACGGAUGCCGAUGAGAAGCCUUGCCGGUUUGGAUUUGCGGAGUAUGAAAAUCCCGAGAGCUUGGAAAUCGCCGUCGAGAUUCUCAAAGAGGUCGAGGUGCCUGUGAAGCGACAGCUCGCACGGAAGGAGGGUGAAGAGCAGCAAGAAGUGGAAAAGAGUACUCUUUUGGUUGUGGUGGACGAGAGUACCAUGACUUAUCUCGAGCAGUUUGAAGCCACCCGGGGCGAACGUGACCCGGAAGAACUGCAAGCUCGUUUUACAGCCGCUAACAACACCCUAAUGAGCGUUCUGGAGCAACUUUGCAAUCCAGCCACCCCUGUACAGAAGGAGGAUGCCUCUGCACUUGACCGGGAAGGCGAUACUGAGAUGAGAGAAGGCGGUACUCCCAUGAAAGAUGGAGAGGUGGUCAUGAUCCCUAUUACGGGAGAAGACGAACUGGCAGAUAUUCCUCCAGAAAUGCGCGAGAAUGUCGCGAAAGAAAUUGCUGCGUUCCGUGAGCGGAGCAACCGUCGGGAUACCGAACGCUUGAGACGCGAGGAGGAAAUUGAGUCAAUGGAACGCGCUCGUAAUGCUGGUGGGCGGAAUCGUCUUGCUUCUCCCCCGGCCUCUGCUCCCAGUGGCCCAGCCGGUGGCACCAAUAACAUCCCACUUGGUCCUCGUGGUGCCCCAUCUGGUCCUAAGGGAUUCGGCGUACAGAUCCCCAAGGAUUACCAGAAGGGUGUGUCCUUUGUGAACGGGGGUUUGAUUAACGGAGGGCAGGCCUAUCGUGAUCGUGAAGACGAAGAGACCGAUGCAAGCGACGAGGAACUUGAACGCCGUCGCCAGGCUAAGCGCGAUGCAGAGCAGGAAAAGCAAUUCCUUGAUCAGGAGCGCCGGUGGCUCAAUCGUGAGCGAAGCCGAACAGCCGCCCUAGAGCGUGAGAAGAAGCGAGACAAGGAGGAAGACGGGAAGUUGCAGGCUGCUCACGAUGAGAUGGAGGAGCGUCUCAAGGAAUGGAAUGAUGAUAACGAAGCUAGCCGUAAGGCUGUUGAGUAUUACGCAGACCACGGUGCCUGGCUGCGCAGUCGUGCGGCUUUCCGUGCCCGUGAGGCCAGCAUGGACGAGGCUGACCGCGCCGCCGAGGAGAGGGAGCUUGCUCAAACCGCCAAGCAACAGGAGCAGGCACGCGGUAUGGCCGAUGACUUCUUGGCUCGCCAGGCACAGGAACUCGAGAACCGUGUCCCAGAGCCUCGCGAGGAGCCCAAGCGCUUCAAGUUGUCUCUGGGUGCCGCUGCCCAGAAGGCCCAGGCUGCGACUACUCGCCGCACCGUGGCCGAGGUCGAAGGUCUACUGGAGGAUGAGGAAGAGCCCGCCAGUACAACCCGCCGCCCUCUAAUUCCGAUCAAGUUCGAUACCGCUGCUGAAGCGGCUGGUCUCUCCGACGAAGAACGAGCCCAGGCUGCUCGCCAACUUGCUGCUGAGAUCCCCACCGAUAAAGAAGGCCUGUGGAAGUGGAAUAUCAAGUGGGAGUUUGUAGACCAGGCCGUUAUCAGCGACCAAAUCAAACCUUUCGUGGAAAAGAAGAUUGUCGAGUAUCUGGGUGUGCAAGAGCAGAUGCUGAUCGAUCUUGUGGAGGAGCACAUUCGGCAGCACGGCAGCCCUCAGGAGUUGGCCGAGCAGCUGGCCGAGGCUCUGGACGAAGAGGCCGAGGUUCUGGUCCGUAAGCUCUGGCGAAUGAUCAUCUUCUUCUCGGAAAGCGAGAAGCGCGGGCUGUCGGCAUAG